AUGGUGUACGGCCGGAGUCUGGCAUGGCGGAAUGCGCUGCGCAGUUCAUCAUUCAAGGCGGCAUCUCGUACAACUUUCCACGCGCACCUUUCUACGAGGCUGCCGCCACCGCAGUCAUUAAACACACGGCCACAGCAAUAUCUGCGAACGACGAUAUCGUUAUCACGCGACUUCUCCACCUCGCCUGCUAGACGGAAGGAGAAGCCCCCGCCACCACCAGAGGACGAAGCAGAGCCAAAGAUUGAGAGUAAAGAGGAGAAGGAGGAGGAUUCAGCAGCGAAGAKCAAGGACCCAUCUCCAACGCCAAUUCCUGGAGCUAUAGAUGGAAAGGCGGCAGGUGCAGCGGGAGGCGGUGAAUCUGGAUCCGGCGCUGGAGGCAGCGGCGAUGGACCGGGUCGCAAGAAGAAGGCAGGCAAGACCGAUCUGGUGAAGCCGCAGGUUCCAGAUGUCUACCCACAAGUCCUGGCCAUUCCAAUCACGCAGCGACCGCUGUUUCCCGGAUUCUACAAGGCCAUUACUAUUCGCGACCCCAACGUUAUUGCAGCAGUGCAGGAGCUGCUGAAGCGAGGGCAGAGCUAUGUGGGUGCUUUCUUGCUCAAGGAUCAGGACAGCAGUCAGGAUGUUAUCAACGACCCGAGUGAGGUGUACGAUGUGGGUACCUUUUGCCAGAUCACCGGUGCGUUCCCCGCAGGUCAUGGACCGGAGAAGGCAUUGCAGGCGGUUCUAUACCCACACCGUAGAAUCAAGCUGAGCGAGCUAAUUCCACCAAACCGUGGUCCUCCUGCAGCACCGGAGCCGGCUGCAGCAGAGGUCUCCGCUGCACAAGCCACCAUAGAUGCCCCACUUCCAGAGGAGACAUCCAAACAGACCGAAGCUGAGGAGAAGAAGGGCGAUGUGGUGGCCAGCUUUGAGGAGUCGAGCGCAAGCAAGGAAAGCAAAGACAAGGACAAGCAGCUAUAUCAGCCGACCGACUUCCUUCGAUCGUGGCCCGUGAGUCUCGUCAAGGUUGACAACUUGGCCGAUGAGCCUUUCGACAAGCGAUCUCCCACCGUUCGUGCGUUGAUCUCCGAGAUUGUCAACACCUGCAAGGAGAUUAGCAACUACAACCACCUCUUCCGCGAUCAUGUUUCUGCUUUCGCCAUGUCACAGACUGCAGCCAACAUUGCAGAUGAACCCGCCAAGCUUGCCGAUUUCGCUGCUGCAGUAUCAGCUGGCGAAAUGGAGGAAGCUCAAGCAGUUCUUGCUUCUCUCAACAUCGAGCAGCGUCUCAGCAAGGCCCUCGAAGUGAUCAAGAAGGAGCACAUGAACGCACAGCUGAGUAGCAAGAUCUCCAAGGAUGUGGAGAGCAAGAUCCAGAAGCGUCAACGCGAAUACUGGCUCAUGGAGCAGAUGAAGGGUAUCCGCCGCGAGCUCGGCMUGGAGAGCGAUGGCAAGGACAAGCUGGUUGAGAAGUUCAAGGAGAAGGGCUCAAAAUUGGCCAUGCCAGAGGCCGUUAAGAAGGUUUUUGACGAGGAACUCAACAAGCUAGCACAUCUGGAACCCGCGGCGAGCGAGUUUAACGUCACGAGGAACUAUUUGGACUGGCUAACGCAGAUUCCAUGGGGACAACGCAGCGCAGAAAACUUUGGCAUCCAGCACGCGCAAGAUGUGUUGGAUGAAGACCACCACGGAUUGAAGGAUGUCAAGGACCGUAUUCUGGAGUUCAUCGCCGUGGGCAAGCUACGUGGCACGGUGGAAGGAAAGAUUCUCUGCAUGGUCGGUCCACCUGGUGUUGGAAAGACGAGUAUUGGAAAAUCUAUCGCUCGGGCGCUCAACAGGCAGUACUACCGUUUCAGUGUGGGUGGUCUGACUGAUGUGGCCGAGAUCAAGGGUCAUCGAAGAACUUAUGUCGGUGCUCUCCCCGGUCGCAUUAUCCAGGCAUUGAAGAAGUGCCAGACAGAAAACCCUUUGAUCUUGAUUGACGAAGUUGACAAGAUUGGUCGCGGACACCAAGGCGACCCUUCAAGCGCACUUUUGGAACUGCUAGAUCCCGAGCAGAACAACUCUUUCCUUGAUCACUACAUGGAUGUGCCAGUCGAUCUGUCAAAGGUUCUCUUCGUCUGCACAGCCAACAUGACAGACACGAUCCCCAGACCUCUACUCGACCGAAUGGAGAUGAUCGAGCUCUCGGGAUACGUUGCUGAUGAGAAGAUGGCAAUUGCCGAGCGAUACUUGGCACCCCAAGCCAAAGAGCUAUCCGGACUUCAAGAUGUGGACGUCAACCUCUCCAAGGAAGCCAUUGCAGACCUGAUCAACAAGUACUGCCGAGAGUCUGGUGUCCGAAAUUUGAAGAAGCAGAUUGAGAAGGUCUACCGCAAAUCAGCUCUGAAGAUCAUCCAGGAUAUUGGAGAAGAGGUACUCAGCGAGGACAAGGCACUCACCGACGAAGGCAAAGCAGCAGCGGAAGAAUCCACCAAGGAUGAGUCGGAUGUCACCGAAACACCAGAGAACAUCGAGCAAGAGACAACAGAGACUCCACGCGUCGCGUUGAAGGUUCCAGACUCUGUUCACGUGAACAUUGGAAGCGACAACCUGAAAGAUUACGUUGGUCCACCAGUCUUCACCUCUGAUCGACUUUAUGACACAACACCUGCUGGUGUCGCAAUGGGUCUAGCAUGGACUCAGAUGGGCGGCGCGGCACUCUACGUUGAGACCAUUCUGGAAACCGCCUUGUCGUACUCUUCCCGCCCUGGACUGGAACGAACUGGUAACCUCAAGGCAGUGAUGAAGGAGUCGACCUCCAUCGCAUACUCUUUCGCAAAGGGUUUGAUGGCAAAGAGGUUCCCGGGCAACAAGUUCUUCGAGAAGGCUCGGAUACACUUGCAUUGUCCCGAGGGUGCCGUUCAGAAGGAUGGGCCUUCGGCUGGUAUCACCAUGGCGACUAGUCUGUUGUCACUUGCAAUGGACAAGCCUCUGGAUCCCACCAUCGCUAUGACUGGAGAGCUUACCGUUACCGGCAAGGUGCUUCGUAUCGGUGGCCUGCGUGAGAAGACCGUUGCAGCACGAAGAGCUGGAGCGAGAAUGGUUGUUUUCCCUAGGGAUAACUUGAGUGACUGGCUGGAGUUGCCACAGAAUAUCAAAGAGGGCAUUGAAGGCAAGCCCGUGGAGUGGUAUGCUGAUGUCUUCAAGCUCGUUUUCCCCGAUGCGGACGAGGCGGCGAUGAACAACCUUUGGAAGAAGGAGCUGAAGAAGCCAAGCAAGGAAGAGAGAGAAGCCGAGGAGGACGAUGACUGA